GUCACAUUUUUAUUUCUUGCUAUUAAAUAAUAAUAUAUAAUAUGAAGCUAUAUAGUGUUUCGGACGGUCCACCAUCUCUUGCAUGUCAGCAACUAUUGAAGGCUUUAGAUAUUAAAUACGAAUUGGUCAAUGUAAAUUUUGGAAAAGGUGACCAUAUGACUGAAGAAUACGAAAAGCUAAAUCCACAAAAAGAGAUACCUACUCUUGUCGACAAUGAUCUUAUAAUGGGUGAAAGUAACGCAAUUCUGCAAUAUUUAGCAGAUCAGUAUGAUAUGAGCGAUAAAUUGUAUCCAAAGGCACCGAAGUUGCGAGCGAUUGUCAAUCAUCGUCUGUGUUUCAAUUUAGCACUUUAUUACCGUAACAUCAGUGAAUAUACUUUGGCGCCGAUAUUUUAUGAUUAUCAACGCUCACCGUUGAGUCUCAAGAAAACAAAAAUCGCAUUGGAUAUCUUUAACACGUAUCUGCAACGUGAAAACUCCGAAUAUGCAGCAGGCAAUAGCUUGACAAUCGCCGAUUUUCCAUUGAUAACCGCGACAAUGUGUCUGGAAGCCAUUGACUUCAAAUUGGAUGCUUGGCCUUACGUAAUGAAAUGGUAUGACAAUUUCAAACGGAAGCAUCCUGAUCUUUGGGAAAUUGCGGCGAAUGGAAUGCGAGAAAUCAGUUAUUUUGAGAAACAUCCACCAGUACUCGAUAUGAAUCAUCCGAUACAUCCGGUACGCAAAAGUACAUGAAAGAGUUUCUGCAAUGAAAUCCAAUAGUUUUGCACAUUUGCAAAUGCUUUUUAAAUUAAUUUGCAGUUUUUCUAAGCAUAAUAUAAAAAGAAUGAUAAUAAAAGUAAAUUUUUACUAAACUAGAUUUAUUAUUGACACAUUCAUUCAAUAUUUGCACAAUAUUUCCAUAAUAUUCUUCUUAUGUAUCUUAUAUAUUAAACUACAGAAUCUAUAUUACAAUAUAUUUGUAUGAUAAAUAUUAUAAUUAGCAUGGCAGUUACAAACUGUCAUGUGUUAACUUUUGUGUAAUUGACAAUAUAUGUAUAUGUACAAAUGAAAUAAAUUUGUUGAUAUACAUUUCGGUUUAUUCUUAAACAAAAUGUUAGUAUAUUUAAGUUAGUAUAGUUAAUUGAAAAAUUUGUAAAUAGUAUCUGUCAUAAUUAUGUACAUAAAAUUGUAUCUAGUAAUAGAUAAUUAUUUAUUGAUAUAAGAUGAUAAAUGAAAAGUAAUAAUUGAUGUGUGUAAAAUAAUUCUAUGAAAAUGUGUCGUAUGUAACACUUAUAAAAAUAUAUAUUUACUAUCAAUA